AUGGCGUCCACCAGCAAAGGAAAAGAACCGCUCGAAGCUCAGUACGCUGGCCUCCAUAUCAACGAAGGCGAUGAUGUGGAAAUCCAAGUGGGAGAAGAGGUGGUCAAUCCCGUAACUACUGGCGAUGUCUUCUCUUUAGUCGGCACUCUUCUUACAGAAAGAUCCAUUAAGUUCAACUAUAUGAAGGAGACGCUAUCUACAAUCUGGAGACCUGUUAGAGGUAUGGUGGCCAAGGAGAUCUCUACAAACCUGUUUGUCUUCUACUUUUUCCAUGCCAAGGAUAUGCAACGUGUUCUGGACGACGGACCCUGGUCAUAUGAUCAGAAUCUUCUUAUCCUUCACAAACUUGGCAACAAUGAAUCUCCUUACGCUGUCAAUCUGGACAGAGCUGGCUUUUGGGUUCAAAUCCACAAGAUCCCUCAGCCCCUCACCAACGCUAGAAUGGCGGAAGUGAUCGGUUCAAGCCUGGGUACAUUUAUUAAGGCCGAUAUAUCCAACUUUGAUGGGACGCACAAUGCGUUCAUUCGUAUCAGAGUGAGCAUUGACGUGAACAAACCGCUAAGAAGGAUAGUGCGAAUCAAGCAGGCUAAUGGUGAAAGUCUAAUCCUUGAAUGCAAGUAUGAAAGGUUGCCUACAUUCUGCUUUACGUGUGGUAAGAUAGGGCAUGCCGAGAAAUAUUGUCCCCAACAGCUUGAUAUCAACGAUGAAGGUUUCAUCAGACCCUUUGGUCCUGAGCUCAGAGCGUCUGGUCGGCGCUCUAAUCCCCUGAACAGUCGCUGGCUGCUUCCUGAGUUCCCAACCUUCCCAUUCAGGCCACCGGCGACUUUAGCCGGCAACGACGAUGACCAAGCGAUACUGGAAACCAGAGUGGAGAGUACGAGGUACGAGGAGGGGCUCAGACAAACAACAUUUCAGCCCUCGCUUGAUCCAGCAGUUAAUACUCAGAAUGUUGAAGAAGGUCAGACUUUCAACCAAUCAUCAUUUAAUGCGAGUUCAGAUGGCAUUAAUGUCCAUGCAGACGCUCCUAUGGCCUUUCCAGCUCAUACUUCGGUUUUGGAUAUCUUGAUGGGAGAACAAAAUCGCAAAAGACAAGCCCAUGAAAUUGGUGGGCCUGUUACUGAUGCUUUGGCCCAUGCUGACAUUAUGUGUGUUGAUCAAAGUUUCUCUAUUUUUUGUCCAAAAAACAUGCCAGAGGCGGGUCCUGGAGCCCAGGCCCGCCUAGAUCAAUGA